CCAUUCGAGGCUGCGGAUCGGUCGGUCUGGUUGUGUUUUCCCCUCUCUGCCGGUUAUGGCCGCGGCCGUCGCUAUGGAGACAGAUGAUGCUGGGAAUCGACUUCGGUUUCAGUUGGAGUUGGAAUUUGUGCAAUGUUUAGCCAACCCAAAUUACCUUAAUUUUCUUGCCCAAAGAGGUUACUUCAAAGACAAAGCUUUUGUUAAUUACCUUAAGUACUUGCUUUACUGGAAAGAACCAGAAUAUGCCAAGUAUCUAAAGUACCCUCAGUGUUUACACAUGCUAGAACUGCUCCAGUAUGAACACUUUCGAAAGGAGCUGGUGAAUGCUCAGUGUGCGAAAUUCAUUGAUGAACAGCAGAUUCUACACUGGCAGCACUAUUCCCGGAAGCGGAUGCGUCUUCAGCAAGCACUGGCAGAGCAGCAACAGCAGAAUAACACAGCAGGAAAAUGAAGAGCUGGGACAGACCAGGCUCUUAGGACAUGUAUAUAAUGUAUUGCUAUGUACAGUACCGAUAAAAGGUUCUUCCUGCCCACCUUCAUUAUGGUAGCACUCAGAGCCGUUAGUAUUAUUUUUGGCCAGCAAACUUUAUAUUGUUAAUAGAUUAUUUCUGUUAAACCAGAA